AUGGCGGCUAUGAGAGCGCGUCAUAAGAUUCGAGCUCCUCGCAGGGGCGGUGCAUCGGCUCAAAAAGACGACUUCGACGCAAUUUGGAGUGUUCUUGCCUCUUCUUUGAACGAAAUUAAUACCAAAAAUGCGUCAUCUCUCUCAUUCGAGGAGCUUUACCGGAAUGCGUACAAGAUUGUGUUGAUGAUGCGGGGUGAUGACCUAUACGAACGGGUCAAACAGCUUGAGGAGGACUGGUUGCGAAACAACGUUCAGAAAAAGAUCAUUGACUCUAUUUCUCCGAUUCUUAUCCGAGCUCAGAACCACACCGAUGCACAGGACCAAUCGACCGAGAGGAAAGAUGCGGGGGAGAAAUUCUUGAAGGAACUGAAGGAGGCAUGGGAGGAUCACCAGCUCUGUAUGGGCAUGAUCACAGACGUAUUGAUGUACAUGGACCGCAUCAUUUCCCAAGAUCGUUCCAAACCUCCAAUCUAUGUCGUCUCCAUGGCCCUCUUCCGAGACCACAUUCUGCGCGCACAGCUUGAUCCUACGCUUGAUAUUCAUGUUGGCAACGUUCUGGAAUCCACCAUAUUAUUCAUGAUUCAGCUCGAACGUGCUGGUCACAUGAUUGAACGACCAUUGAUUCGACACUGCAUUCAGAUGUUGGAAGGACUCUACACAACGGUGACUGAGGAGGAAGGCUCAAAGCUUUAUUUGUCUAUGUUUGAACCAGCUUUUCUUUCCACAAGCGCCGAGUUUUACAGGUCUGAAGGUCGUCGAUUGUUAGAGACCGGUGAUGCUGCGACCUUCUGCCGAAUCACCUCGAAGCGCAUCGCCGAGGAACAAGAACGGUGCCAGUGCACGCUUGCAUGGACUACUGAGCCGAAGAUUCUUGAUUUGCUCGAUGAAGAGCUCAUUCGCAAAAAUAUAGUCGAGGUCGUCAGGUUGGAAGGGACAGGUGUGCGACACAUGCUCGACCAUAAUCUGCUGGAAUCGCUGCGGAACGUUUAUAUCAUCAACGCUAGGGUGGAUAAAAAGAAAGACGCACUGUCAAGGGCAGUCAAUAAACGGAUUGUGGAGUUGGGAAGGGAAAUCAAUGCGUCCUCUAUGGCCCCGCCUCCUGCACAGGCUUCUGAGAAGGAUGCGAGCAGUGAGAAGCGGCCCGAGAAAAGCAAGGAAAAAGAAAAGCCCGUUAAUCAACAAACUACUUCUGCAAUCAGAUGGGUUGAUGAUAUUCUAUCCCUCAAAAUCCGAUUCGAUACUAUCUGGGAGAAGUCGUUCCUCUCUGAUCAAGGGCUCCAAAGCACCAUCAUGACCAGCUUCGCUGAUUUUAUCAACCUGAACCCACGAAGCUCAGAGUACCUUUCUCUCUUCUUCGAUGAAAAUCUCAAAAAGGGAAUUAAAGGAAAGACAGAGAGCGAAGUCGAUACCCUUCUGGAUAACGGCAUCACGCUGCUACGCUAUAUUAAGGACAAAGAUCUGUUUGAGACGUACUACAAAAAGCAUCUCUCUCGCAGACUCCUGAUGAAGCGAUCUGCCAGUAUGGAUGCUGAACGGCAGAUGAUCUCCAAGAUGAAGCUGGAGGUCGGCAACCAGUUCACUCAGCGCAUCGAGGCAAUGUUCAAGGACAUGGCAGUCUCUGAAGAUCUCACCGCCAACUACAAAGACCAUAUCGCGCGAAGUGUGGACCCGGAUCAGAAGCGUGUGGACUUGGAAAUCAACGUCCUGACAAGCACCAUGUGGCCAAUGGAGAUCAUGGCGAACACGAAAGAAGGCCAUGUGCAGCCAUCGUGCGUAUUCCCACGAGAAGUGGAAACGCUCAAGCAAAGCUUCGAGAAGUUCUACCUUGAUAAACACAGUGGCCGCAAGUUAUCCUGGCAAGCUAGCAUGGGCACAGCUGAUGUCCGUGCUACAUUCGUGCGAAGCAAUGGAAAGGUGCAGCGCUACGAACUCAAUGUCUCUACCUAUGCCCUCAUCAUUUUGAUCCUCUUCAAUGAUGUGCCGGAUGGCAGCUCUCUCACUUACGAAGAAAUCCAAGAAUGCACCCGCAUCCCAAAGCAUGACCUCAUUCGCAAUCUACAGUCUCUUGCAGUCGCCCCAAAGACACGAGUCCUGAAGAAAGAGCCCAUGAGCAAAGACGUCAAACCCACUGACCAGUUCUUCUUCAACAAGGAUUUCGAGAGCAAGUUCAUGAAGGUGCGGAUUGGCGUCGUCAGCAGCGCUGCCAACAAAGUUGAAGACAAGGAACAGCGGAAAGAGACUGAACAGAAAAUGAAUGAAGAGCGCGGUGGCUCUAUCGAGGCUGCUAUCGUCCGCAUUAUGAAACAACGCAAGAAGCUCAUCCACUCACAACUCAUGACCGAGGUCAUCACCCAACUGUCUGUCCGUUUCGCUCCGGACGUGAACAUGCUCAAGCGCCGCAUCGAGAGUCUGAUUGAUCGCGAGUACUUGGAGCGUGUGGCCGAGGACCCACCCACAUACGGAUACAUAGCAUGA